AUGUGGACCCUUGCAUCGUUUUUAUUUCUGAUAACAAUAUAUAGGUUAUCAUUACUAACGCAAGCGGCAAAUGGGCCUGUACAAAGACGUUUUGAAUACAAGCACAGCUUUCGUGCACCUGAUUUAUCUUUACGUGAUGGUACUAUACCAUUCUGGACAGUUGUUGGUGAUGCAUUAGCUUCCAGUGAACAACUUCGAUUAGCACCGUCUAUGAGGAGUCGAAAAGGACUUGCAUGGAAUAAGCGGGUAAUGGCUGAAUCAGAUAACUUUGAAAUUCAAGUUGCUUUUCGAGUAACUGGGCAGGGCCGUAUUGGUGCUGAUGGUAUUGCUAUCUGGUAUACUGCUCAGCAACCUACUCUUGGUCCUGUAUUUGGAGCAAAUGAUUACUGGAUAGGAAUGGGGCUUUUCUUGGAUUCUUUUGAUAAUGAUGCCCAAAAAAAUAAUCCAUUUGUGGCGUUAAUGAUUAAUGAUGGUACUAGGCAGUAUGAUCAUCAGACAGAUGGCUCUCAACAAAUGCUUUCAGGUUGCCAGAAAGAUUUUCGUAACAAACCAUAUCCGGUACAUUUGAAAAUUGAGUAUCUUCACAAUAUUAUUACCGUAUCAAUAUCCGAUGGUCUGCAAGCCAUACCUCGUUACGAAUUAUGUCUUCGCUCAGAAAAUAUAUUUUUGCCAAAGAACGGGUUUUUCGGUAUUUCCGCUGCUACGGGCGGUUUAGCAGAUGAUCAUGAUAUUGUAAAGUAUAGCGUAUUUUCAUUAUAUACCGAUAGAGGACUAGCGCCUUCAGCUCUUCCACAAGAGGAAAAGCAGAAAUAUGAUGCUGAAUUUGAAAGACAAAUGAAGGAGUAUGAAAAAGAACGACAAAAAUUCAAAGAGGAGCAUCCGGAAAAAGCAAAACCAGAUACAUUUGAUGAAAUUGCUGAAGUAUAUGAAGAUGCAUCGCAGAGAGAAAUGAGGAUGAUUCUUGAAAUGCAAACAAAUAUCCGUCAAAUUCUACAACACCUGGAAAGUCGAUUGCAGGAUAUCAGUCAGCAACAAAAUGUUCAAUCUUCACUGAUUCAACAGUGUACAGGUAGAGUUGGCGGAGGUGAACCAAGUGAAGUGGCUGUCGGUACUGGAAAUUUCCAGCAGCAUGAAAAGGAUGAAGCAUUGCAGUCACUACGGGAUUUAACAUCAAAUAUCCGGGAUAUGAAGAGCUACCUAAAUGAAAUAUUCACUCGUACCUAUAAUCUGGAGCAGAAAAUUGGAGAUGGAAGUUCAGUGGGAUCUCUCUCUGGCACUACACCAGAUCCAACUUUACGAUCUCUCAUGGAAACAAUACAAAAUGAUGUACGACAAAUUAGAACAACGCAGCUUGGAACGCCAAGUGCUCAAGUUCCUGGUGGUAAUUGUGAAAACGUUUCCUGUUUGUCAUCAUCAUUUUUCAUAACUAUUAUUUUAGCGCAGAGUGCAAUUAUCAUUUUCGUCCUGUGGAUAAGAAGCAAGCCGGAGAAAGCGAAAUUUUAUUAA